AACUAUUGUAUUUUUUUUUCCAUGUUUUCUCUCUGUCUUGCCUCUGCUUUCAACACUCAUUCUUACACGCAGCAAGAAAGAAAAUAACACGUUAUAAUGACUCCCACCCAUAUAUGGUUGGCGAAAAAAAAAGUAGUUAGACCCAGAAAUGAACACCGAAAGCAUCACCUCAAAUCUAAGCCACCACCACCACAUCAACCCGUCAUCAUGGGUUCUCUUGGCCGCACUUUUUCUCUCGUCUUUGUCCUUCUCUCUCUCCGAUCCAAGAAUCACCGAAGCAGGGCUCUACUGUGGAACCACCAAGGCCCCUCUGAAAGCCAACUACAUCCCAAGUUUCACCAAGGAAAUGGAGAGCCUCUCGCAGUUGGUGACCAACCACAACUGGGGCACUCACUUUGUGAACACUUCAGGCUCGCCGAUUCCCAUUUAUGGCUUUGCACAAUGCUUCAAUGACUUGUCCAACACCGAUUGUCUUCUCUGCUACGCGGCAAGCCGUACCAAGAUUCCACGCUGCCUUCCUUCUGUCUCUGCGCGCAUCUACCUUGAUGGCUGCUUCUUGCGCUACGAUAACUACAGCUUCUAUGCGGAGGUCAGUGACCCUUUGAGGGAUACAGUGAACUGCACCUCACAGCAUGGAACGGUUGUUGAUGAAACUGAGAGGUUGGAACUUGAGGAGAGCGUUGGAAGGGUGGUUGAGACUGUCACCAACAAGGCUCUGGCAAAAGGUGGUGGCUUUGCUGUGGGAGAGGUUGAAGGGGUUUAUGCAUUGGCACAGUGCUGGAACACCAUUGGGAGUGAUGGGUGCAGAGAGUGUUUGAGGAAAGCUGGCAAGGAAGUGAGAGGGUGCUUGCCAAAGAGGGAUGGGAGGGCCUUGAAUGCUGGCUGUUAUUUCAGAUAUUCGACAAACAAGUUCUACAAUGAAGAUGGCGAUGCAGAUGGUAAAAAUGGAUUGUUAAGAAGAGGAGGAGUCAUAGUAGCAGAAGUGUUAGCAGCAGCUGCAGCUUUAAUGCUUACUGUCUCUGCCUCCUAUGUAGCCUUCACAAAGUUAACUAGGAUUAAAAAAGAAAACAAUAAUGUUGGUCAGAUUCCCUCUUCCAUAAGCAAAUCUAGCUUGAAUUACAAGUACGAAACUCUUGAGAAGGCCACGGAUUACUUUAACUCUUCAAGAAAAAUAGGCCAAGGUGGAGCAGGCUCAGUUUUCAAGGGUAUUCUCCCAAAUGGGAAAGUUGUUGCAGUAAAAAGAUUGAUAUUCAAUAACAGGCAAUGGGUGGAUGAGUUCUUCAACGAAGUGAACUUGAUUAGCGGAAUUGAACACAAGAACCUUGUCAAACUAUUGGGAUGUAGCAUUGAGGGCCCUGAGAGCCUCCUUGUGUAUGAGUACUUGCCCAAAAAGAGUUUAGACCAAUUUAUCUUUGAAAAAAACAGAACUCAGAUUCUAAACUGGAAGCAGAGGUUUAAUAUCAUUCUUGGAACCGCCGAGGGGCUUGCAUAUCUUCAUGAAGGUACCAAAAUAAGAAUCAUUCAUCGAGAUAUCAAAAGCAGCAAUGUUCUUCUGGACGAGAAUCUCAAUCCCAAGAUUGCAGAUUUCGGCCUUGCCCGGUGCUUUGGAGCAGAUAAGUCACAUUUGAGCACUGGAAUUGCUGGAACACUAGGUUACAUGGCUCCUGAGUACCUAAUUAGAGGACAACUUACAGAUAAAGCUGAUGUGUAUAGUUUUGGAGUACUUGUUCUUGAGGUUGUAAGUGGGAGGAGAAACAAUGUCUUCCGAGAGGACUCUGGUUCGCUACUACAAACUGUUUGGAAACUUUACCGAUCAAACACAUUAACUGAAGCUGUUGAUCCUUGCUUGGGAGAUGAUUAUCCUGCAACUGAAGCAUCAAGGGUGUUCCAAAUUGGAUUGCUUUGCACACAAGCUUCUGCCUCGCUAAGACCAUCCAUGUUUCAAGUUGUUUACAUGCUACUUAAUUCAAAUGAAGACGUUCCUACACCGAAUCAGCCCCCAUUUUUGAACACUGGAAUACUGGAUUCAGAUAGCUCCAUUAAGUCUUAUAGCACUAACAGCUUCAUAUCCAAUGCCUUGAAGAAGAUUGGAGCAUCGUCCUACAGCUACUCAGAGUCCUCUUGUUCAGAUGGGCCAUCAAGAAGUGAAGAAUCAAUUGUUCAAGUUUGAUUUCCAAGAAAUUAAUCUGCAGUCACCGUAUCACAUUUUUGAAGGCUUUUGUGGCUGCAAUAGCUGUUGCAUGACUCACAUUUACUCACAAUCUACGACAAGAUCAUCAUCUUUUUUAAAGUCUCCACAAGGUGACAACAACCGUAAUUCAGAAAGCAUUGUCAUUUCGAAUAUAUUAUUUGGUUUUGGGUGGUCAUGUCAAAUUUUUUGUUUUGCUAGAAAGAGUUAAAUGUAGUUAGGAGUUGGGGAGACAAUUUAUAGAACCGAAAAAUAUGUAAAGAUAGAAAGGAAAAGAAAGUCUUCUUUUGAAA